GCAGAGGAAAAAAGCCAGUCUUGUGCACGUGCAGACGUCGCCACACACGUCACCUCGCUGUUUAAAGUUUAAAGUGGGCCAAGCGAAGGGUCACCUGUAGUUCGCGUCUGUCGUGCAGGACACGCUGAAGUAUGGUAUAUCACAACAUUUUAAAAAUGAGUCCCGCAAAGAACAGAGUAUUUGUUGUCGGAGUGGGGAUGACAAAGUUUGAUAAGCCAGGGGCAAGAGAUGGUGAUUAUCCAGACAUGGCCAAAGAAGCAGGAGAAAAGGCUUUGGCAGACGCAGGAGUUCCAUACUCUGCUGUACAGCAAGCCUGUGUGGGCUAUGUAUAUGGUGACUCCACAUGUGGCCAGAGGGCUAUUUACCACAGCCUGGGUUUGUCGGGCAUUCCUAUAAUCAACGUCAACAACAACUGUUCCACUGGCUCCACGGCCCUCUUCAUGGCCCGCCAGCUCAUCCAGGGAGGAUUGGCUGAAUGCGUGCUUGCCUUGGGCUUUGAGAAGAUGGAGAGAGGUUCGUUGUCCUCUAAGUACAUGGACAGGACCAAUCCCAUGGACAGGCACAUGGAAGUGAUGCUCAACCGAUACGGGAUGGUGGCAGCCCCAGCCGCACCUCAGAUGUUUGGGAACGCCGGCAGGGAGCACAUGGAGAAGUAUGGCACCAAGCCAGAACACUUUGCCAAAAUUGCCUGGAAGAACCAUAAGCAUUCCACGAACAACCCCUAUUCUCAGUUUCAGGAUGAGUACACUCUGGACCAAGUCAUCAAGUCCCGUAAAGUGUUUGAGUUCCUCACAGUUUUACAAUGCUGCCCCACGUCAGAUGGGGCCGGGGCUGCCGUGCUGGCCAGUGAGGCCUUUGUGAGGAGGAAUGGGCUGCAGGCCAAAGCGGUGGAGAUCAUCGCCCAGGAGAUGGUCACUGACCUCGCCAGCACCUUUGACGAGAACAGCUGCAUCAAGAUGGUUGGCUAUGACAUGAGUUGCGUCGCGGCCAAAAAGUGCUAUGAAGCAGCGGGUCUGAUGCCCACCGACGUUGAUGUCAUUGAGCUCCAUGAUUGCUUCUCUGCCAAUGAACUUAUCACCUACGAGGCCCUUGGACUGUGCCCUGAGGGAAAGGCUGGGGAGCUCAUAGACAGGGGAGACAACACGUAUGGGGGCAAGUGGGUCAUUAACCCUAGUGGAGGGCUCAUCUCGAAGGGACACCCCCUCGGAGCUACAGGCCUGGCACAGUGUGCAGAGCUAUGCUGGCAGUUAAGGGGGGAGGCUGGUAAGAGACAGGUCCCUGGGGCAAAGGUUGCCCUGCAACACAAUAUUGGCCUUGGUGGUGCUGUGGUUGUCACUCUUUACAAGAUGGGAUUCCCUCAGGAGCCAAGGUCAUGGAUAGCUGCUGUACCCACCAGCGCCUCCAGUGGUUUGGAGGGGUUCAAAGUUCAUGCAGUUUUCAAGGAGAUUGAGAAGAAACUUAAGGAGGAGGGAGAGGUGUAUGUAAAGAAAAUGGGUGGCGUGUUUGCCUUUAAAGUGAACGCUGGGCCAGGCGGCAGAGAAGGGCUGUGGGUUGUGGACGUAAAGAACGGCAAGGGCUCUGUGGACAACGACGCAGAGAAAAAAGCUGACUGCACAAUAUCCAUGGGAGAUGCUGACCUCCUUGACUUGAUGACCGGGAAACUGAAUCCACAAACGGCCUUUUUCCAAGGCAAGCUAAAGAUCAAUGGGAAUAUGGGCAUGGCCUUGAAACUGCAGAACCUCCAGCUGACCCCGGGGAAAGCCAAAAUGUGAAGAAACAGUGGUGCAGGAGACAAUGUCCAUAAGACGUUUCAAAAACAUCUGCACCAAUUAGCAAGCCAACGGUGACAACAUUCAGAAUUGGCCAUAUGGAAUACAUUUUUUGGACUUGAUUGUCAUUAACCUUGAAACUUCAUGGAACUGUAAAAAGAGAGAAUUGUAAAUGCAAAACAAAUGUAUUCGUAAUAUGACAGCACAUAAUAUGACAACACAAUUAGUGAAAUUAUGUUUUGGUUCUUAAAUUAAUGUUGACUAAUGUAAAGACUGCCUAUUCUGUAUGUUUCAAACAUCUUAAAUAAAACACUCUUUGUAUAUGGAAAAAUGUUUCUAAAAUUCUG